UACAUCGGUGAUUUAGUCUUCAUGUUUGCUUUUCUUCGUCGUCUUCUUCUCUUCCAAGCCUUGUUCUUGCUAUUACUCACCAUAUUAACAACGACAUCGUCUUCUUCCUUGCUCUCUGUAACUCCGGAGAUCAUCAUCAAUGGCACCCAAUGUACAUGACUCCACCAUCGUGAAGCUGGAGCUUGCAUGCUCGAAUCUGAGAAACCUACUUCAAGCAUCGGCGAAGAUGGAGGAGAAUCUCGAAGAGAUCGAUAAAGAGUUUGGAAUAAUGAAACAGACUCUCGUAUCAGCAGCAAGAAGAGUAGCGCCUUUACAGUCCAUGGCUAUGGCAACCAAAGCUCUAGAAACCAGAAUAAACCGAGCUGUAUCUCCUGCUCUCUCCCUUCUCGAAACAUUCAAAGUCACUGAGUCUCUGCAACACAAUCUCCUCGAACUUUCCUCCGAGUUAUCCGCCGAGACAAACCCGAAGAAGCGGCUCAAAAACCUGGUGAAGUACGUGGACUGCGUUGCUGACCUAAACGACGCCGUAAACUCCAUUAGCCAAAAUGGGGAACCAGUGAUUCAGAAGCUUCAAGAAGUGGUGGAGUUCUUGAGCCGAACGAAAGCGACGGACCAGUUCAGAACUGAGAGAUUGAAGGAGACGAUGGUCGCGCUCAAGGCUCUGUAUGAAACAGAGGUUGACGCGAUGAGGUUUGAAGGGACGCUAGAUGAGGCCUUGCUGUAUUUGCAGGAUGAGUUUGAAAGUAUUCUGCAACGGAUAAGGCAUAAAAAUAUAGGAGAGUUGCAGAGUGAUGAUGGUGAAGAAGGAGAUGGUGGGUUGGUUAAUGAUCUAGGUAGUGAGCUGGAGGUCAAUAUUCUCAGGAGAAUUUCAGAAAUUUUGGCAAAUAAUGAUUGUUGGGAUUUAUGUAUUGAAAUCUAUGUCAAGGUGAGAUAUAGAAGAGCGGCAAAAGCGUUAAUGAGGUUAAAACCAGAUUACCUACGAACAUAUACGCCGGAAGAAAUCGAUAAAAUCGAGUGGGAGAAUCUGGAGAAAUCAAUAUCUCUCUGGAUUCAACACUUUAAUCUGGCGGUCAAAACAGUCUUCGUUUCAGAAAAAAGACUCUGCAACCAAGUGUUGGGAGAGAUUUCAAUCAUGGAUGGAUUCAUCUGGCUCGAAUGCUUCACUAAAAUUGCAGAUAAAAUCAUGGCAGUCUUCUUCCGAUUCGGGGAAGGUGUUGCCAGGGGCAGCAAGGAGCCACAGAAGCUGUUCAAGCUCUUAGACAUGUUUGAUUCCUUGGAGAAGCUCAAGCCGAAAUUUAUUGAGAUUUUCGAAGGCCAAGCAGGAGCCGACAUUGUUGCUAGGUUCAGAGAGCUCGAGAAGCUGCUUGUUCAUGCGUCUACUAAAGUUUUCUGGGAGUUUGGUCUGCAGAUUGAAGGAAACUCAGAUGGGUUUCCUCCGCCACAAGAUGGAUCAGUCCCUAAGAUUGUCAGGUACGCUAUUAAUUACCUCAAGUACCUUGCUACAGAAACUUACAGUGUUCCCAUGGCGAAAGUUCUUCGAACAGAACAAAUAUGGAAAUCUGGGAUUUUAUCUAAACCCGAAACAGACGAGAAUUUGCUUAAAGACGCCAUUUUUGACAUAAUGGAAGCUCUUCAGAGGAAUCUGGAGUCAAAAAGGUUACGUUACAGAGACAAAACUCUGGCUUCUAUAUUCACCAUGAACACCUACUGGUAUAUCUACAUGAGGAGCAGGAACACAGAGCUUGGUAAGCUUUUGGGAGAGCAUUACAUGAGGAAGAAAUACAAGAUUAUAGCGGAGGAAUCUGCAUAUUCUUACCAAAACCAAGCAUGGGGACCUCUGGUACGGAUUCUAGCCAAAGAAGACGAAGAGUUAAACAGCACAGAACAAGACAAGGACGCCAUAGGAGGUAUUGUGAGAGGUAAAAUGGAAUCUUUUCUCAAGAGCCUGGAAGAAAUAAUGGAGAGUCAUCGAGUGGUUUAUAAUAUACCGGAUUCUAUUCUGAGAGAACAGAUGAGAGAAGCGACAGUGAAGUUGGUGGUGCCGGUUUACAGUGAGUUCUCGGAGUUUUACUCGAAUAUUUUGGGGGAGAUUAAAUCGAUUGUUUGUCCGGAGACCUUGCAGAGUUUACUGGUUCAGGUCUUCAAUGGCGGUGGUGAGCGAGUGGAAGGGAAGUUCACGCGCCGGGAUAAUUCAAAGGAUGUUCGAAGUGGCGACGAAGAGAUUGCGGUUUCCAUGAACUGAGUGAGAGACGGGGUUUUGAUCAAUAAUAUACGCACCCAUAUAUAUACACACUGUGAACCAUAAUGUAUUGUGAAAUAUGUAUACGAAGAUCAUAUAAUAUAUACACUGCCAACCUAUAUAAAUUAAAUAGU